AUGAAAGUUGCACCUUCCGCGCGCGGGCCUCUGAAGGCUGCUGCUCGUAACAGCAGACUCGUCAGCGGCACCAGCAACUCCCGAUCUUCAGUCGCCGCCGUUUCCGCCACCAACACAUGGCAAACCCAAGCACAGGCCUCACCCCGAAAGCUGCGAAAGGAUCUAGCAGCACCUCUGGCCAAACUGCCCCUCUCAUCGGUUCUGCGCUCGUUGCUCAUCCUGUCUGUGUCAUCAUCUAAACUACUGCUUAAGCCAUGCAUUUACACUUUGUCUUUGCUGGCUCAUCCCCGCAACGCCUUCUGGGAUGUCUCUAAGAACCCGUUGUUGAACACGCUCAUCAAGCACACCAUCUACAAGCAGUUCAACGCUGGCGAAAACAAGGCCGAGGUGCAAGCCGCUAUCAACAAUAUCAAAGGACUCGGAUGCCGGGGUGUGCUUCUCGGAUAUGCCCGAGAGGUUCUCGUUGGAGAAGACUCCAAUGCCCCAUCCGAUGCAAAGGCUGCUCUGGCUGAAAUCCAAAUGUGGAUGGAUGGCACCUUGCAGACAGUUGACAUGGCUCAGCCCGGCGACUUCGUUGCUCUGAAAUUCACUGGAAUGGGCCACGAAGCCCUUCGCCUCUUGCAAUCGGAGACAAUGCCCUCGGAGAUCAUGGAUGCCUCUAUCCAAAAGGUUUGCGAUCUUGCCAUUUCUCGUGGUGUCCGCCUGCUGGUCGAUGCCGAAGAGCAGGCCGUGCAGCCCGGCAUUGAGGCCUGGAUUAUGAAGUAUCAGAAGUACUGCAACUCGCAGACCCCCGGCCGUGCCAUCUUCUAUGGAACUUACCAGGCUUACCUGCGCUCUACUCCCGCCACUCUGGCCCGUCACCUUGAGAUUGCUCGUGCCGAGGGAUACACACUCGGUGUCAAGCUUGUCCGUGGUGCCUACCUGAAGACUGAGCCCCGCCACGUCAUCUGGGCCGAGAAGGAGGAGACUGACAAGUGCUACGAUGAAGUCGUCGCGGCACUUCUCACUCGCAAGUACAACUCCAUGCUCCAGGCACCCUCCAAGGAUACCCCCACCGAGCUCCCGCCCGUCAAUGUCAUCAUUGCUACCCACAACCGCGAGUCCGUUCACAAGGCCCACGCUUUGCGCAUGCAGCAGGCCACCCGUGGCGAGGACUACGGUGUCGAUGUUAGCUACGCUCAGCUCCAGGGUAUGGCUGAUGAGGUCAGCCUGGAGCUUCUCCAAGGAUUCGAGAGCGCCGAGAACGGUGUUGGCGCUACCCCCAUGGAGGCUCCCAACGUCUUCAAGCUGUUGACCUGGGGCUCCGUACAGGAGUGCAUGGGUUUCUUGCUCCGCCGCGCCGUUGAGAACACCGAGGCUGUCGGCCGUACCAAGGAUUCGCAGAUCGCGAUGUUUGCCGAGCUGAAGCGUCGCUGCGCCAAUGUUUUCAGCAGCAGCAAGUAA